AUGCGCCCUCGGCUUCCGCCCUCGCUACCGCUGCAGUCCAGCCAUCAUCAUUCAUUUAAUACUGGCGGCAGAGAUGCAACGGACAGCAAGAUAUCCAAUGGGCCCAGUAAUAAUAAUCCCCGAAGCUUCUUUCUCAACCUCCCUCUAGCCAAGCCGGGCCACGUGCGCCCUGCUGCGACUACUACUUCAUCCUCUGCUGCUGCUCCUCCCACUUCUCUCUCUUCCGCUUUUUCUCGUCAUCCUUUGCGCGUCACGACCACCUCCAAAGAAGACUCCACCCGCGUACAAUUACAGGAAGAGCGUCUGCGCGAGGAGUUACAUCUGCGCCGCCUAAAAGAAGACCCUCACGCCGCGCUGGUCGUCACGCAGAGAAUUCCCGGCUUCAAAACGAGUGCAGCCUUCUUCGCUUCCCUCCGCACCAACCUCCGCCUCAACGCUUCUCCCCCACCCAGUCCGUGGUCCACUCCCCCUUCUAUGCGAGCAUCCACCGGCUCGCUCCCCCCUCCAUCACCCCUCCAUUUCACCACAGACACAACCGCAACAAUGGACACCCAACCCCCCGACACCGCCCCGACUCCGGGUUCCAACCACCCAGACGAAGACCCGCUCGCCGGGGUCCCCGAAUUAUCCACCUACACCACUACAUCAGAAGAAGAGAGGAUCGCAGCGCUGAAGCUCGUGGCCGACAGCGUGGCCCAGCAGCGACAAGCCGCCAAUUCUGCCCUCAUCUGGCACCCCAUCAACCUCGCCGUGGUCGUGGCUACCCUCGCCCUUAUCGCGCGAAUGUGUCACGAGGAAGGCCGCGGCCUGGGCAUGGCCGCCACCUCCUGCACAGGCCUCGUCAUGGUCUACCUCGUGCUCUGCCGCUGGCUUACACAGCCUUACCUCGAGGCAGCGGAAGCGAUCAAUAUGGAAUGGCUGGGUGAGAACGCAGAUGUGAUUGUGAGUAAAUUCGGGGAGGAGAUUAUCGGCACCGUCGUCGUGGAUUGGGUCGCGCCAGAGUCGGCGACGAAUGCCACCUCCAGGCAAAAGGGGCGCAAGAAGGCUUGGAAAGGCGAGAUCAAGGGGUGGACAGUGCGCUUAAAGUAUCGAGGAAAGGGCGUAGGGACGGGGCUGCUGGAAGCGGCCGUUGCGGAGGCGAGGAAGAGGGGAGCGGAAGUGGUGGAGUUUGCUGACGCGCAUGCCAAUGCUCUGCGCAUGCUCCCAGGCAUAUACAACCGAAAAUUCGACAAGGGCGACAAGCGCGGGCGGGAGAUUUUGCAGGAUUUGCUGCAGACGAGUCCGGCGCGGAGUAAGAAGAAGAACUAG